GGCAACCAGGACACCGUUCGAAGGCAAGGACAUCAGUCCAGAGAGUCUGGUCCUAUUGAAGGUGAGGGAUCAAAUGAAAUGCCGUGUACCAACAGUAAGCAGCAUCUUUUUGGGCAAAGUCCUUCCAAAAACAAGGCGCACAUAAAUACCUUUCAAACUGGCAACCAGGACACCUCUCGAAGGCAAGGUCAUCAGUCCACAGAGCCCGGUUCUAUUGAAGGUUUUGGAUCAAAUGAAAUGGGGUGUACCAACAAUAGGAAAGAUGAGUUGGACCAAAGUACUUCUGAAAAUGAUCAGCGCUCAAAACACACUCCCAGUCAAACUGGCAACCAGGACACCGCUCGAAGGCAAGGACAUCAGUCCAGAGAGUCUGGUCCUAUUGAAGGUGAGGGAUCAAAUGAAAUGCCGUGUACCAACAGUAAGCAGCAUCUUUUUAGGCAAAGUCCUUCCAAAUUCAAGGCGCUCAUGAAUACCUUUCAAACUGGCAACCAGGACACCUCUCGAAGGCAAGGUCAUCAGUCCACAGAGCCUGGUUCUAUUGAAGGUUUGUUUUUCCCAGAGAUUCACCGCAGAAUUGUGAAAAAGUAUUUUUCCACUCAAUGUCGCUUCAAAUCUAUUUUCAAACGGGUCAAGUAUCACAGCAGGUCGCUGCCCCGUCACACAUUCGCAUGCUGGGAAACAUAG